CCAAGAUUGAAGGUAAUUACAGUUCAGGGGAAGAACCGAAGAACUGGAGGAGAAAUGGAGAUGGAGGGCUGACUGGCGAUUCAGUGUACAGAGACUAAAGAAGAAUGAGUAGAGAAGAUACUCCAAAGCUCUACAUGGACAAACCUAAGAAGGCGCUGCUGAAACAGCAGGCAUCCUCGUCGUCUUCGAUGGCGCCGUUGACGUCAACGGGGUGUAGGCCUCCACCGCCGACCUACCGGCCACCAAAGGAAUCCUUCGCUCGGCGGUACAAGUUCCUCUGGCCGAUGCUCUUGACAGUCAAUUUCUCCAUGGGAGCUUACAUCUUGUUGAUGCCAAAAAAGGAAGACGAAGUCACAGAGAAAGUAGAAUCAUUACAGGUUCCUAGCGAGUCUCCAGCUGCUGAAAAUAAGUAGUUCUGUUAGUGCAGCCUGUGGUAGAAUGGAUAUGGGAGACUGGAAAUUGUGAGCUAUUCAGAAUUUCAGAUUGCAACGUUUAUUGGAGAAGAGAAAGUUGAAGGCAAGAGAUCCUGAAAGAGAAAAGAUGCAUUGAUGAGGAUAUGGCCAUUCUCAAACAGUUUAUUCCAUCCAAUUUCUAGAGUGUUGAAUAGUAAGAACCAUACAGGGAGUAUUACUUACACUUGGAUUGAAAUUAAUUAAAUUUUAUUUUAGUUCAAAAUCUACAGGGUUGAAUAUCAUUUUCUUGUUCUACAUCAA